CGCAGUAGAGCGAAAUCCUCUAGUCCGGUAGCUGAAGAUUUCGUGGCUAAAUCCACCAGCAAAAUCCGUCUCAAUCCUUCUUCGUUUUGGGAGUAAUGACAUCCAAGACAGCGAGAACAUAAACUGCACACUCUAAGCUUUCGGAUAAUAUCGAUAUUGUUGCCUUUCGCCGAUCAGAAAGGUGUAAAAGGGAUGGUGAAAACUGGAUUAUUACAGAAGGAGCUGAAUCUGUUUGGAUUCUGGGGGCAAGGGGGAGUGUGUGAAUAAAGCGGUUGUAAACCAUUGAGGAAGGUGAACUGUUCACUAAGGUAACGUUAGCGAAGACGAUACAAGCGCGGCCAUUGAACUUUUUGUAAAGACAGCAUAGCGUUCACGAGAAGAAGUUAGACGCCAGUAAACAGCGAAAUGGAGCUGAGAGUGGGAAACCGAUACAGACUGGGCAGAAAAAUCGGAAGUGGAUCUUUUGGAGACAUUUAUUUGGGCACGGAUAUUUCAGUCGGUGAAGAGGUGGCCAUAAAGGUGGAAUGUGUAAAGACCAAGCAUCCUCAACUGCACAUAGAGAGCAAGAUCUACAAGAUGAUGCAAGGAGGAGUGGGCAUUCCAACAAUAAAAUGGUGUGGAGCAGAGGGGGACUACAACGUGAUGGUGAUGGAGCUGCUGGGGCCCAGUCUGGAGGAUCUGUUCAACUUCUGUUCCCGCAAGUUUAGUCUGAAGACUGUACUGCUGCUGGCUGACCAGAUGAUCAGCAGGAUUGAGUACAUCCACUCCAAGAACUUCAUCCACAGAGAUGUGAAGCCUGACAACUUCCUGAUGGGGCUGGGCAAGAAGGGUAAUCUGGUCUAUAUCAUUGACUUUGGGCUGGCUAAGAAGUACCGUGAUGCUCGCACACACCAGCACAUUCCCUACCGCGAGAACAAGAAUCUGACUGGCACCGCCCGCUAUGCUUCAAUCAACACACAUCUUGGAAUCGAGCAAUCCAGACGGGAUGAUCUGGAGUCCCUGGGCUACGUGUUGAUGUACUUUAACCUGGGUUCGCUGCCAUGGCAGGGUCUCAAGGCUGCCACCAAGAGGCAGAAAUAUGAACGCAUCAGUGAAAAGAAAAUGUCUACCCCCAUUGAGGUGCUCUGCAAGGGAUACCCUUCUGAGUUUGCCACCUACCUAAACUUUUGUCGCUCCCUACGGUUUGAUGACAAGCCGGAUUACUCGUAUCUAAGACAACUGUUCAGGAAUCUGUUCCACAGACAGGGCUUCUCUUACGACUACGUCUUUGACUGGAACAUGCUCAAGUUUGGAGCCAAUCGUGCAGCAGAGGAGGCUGAGAGGGAGCGCAGGGACAGAGAGGACAGGCUGAGACAUGGAAGGAAUCCCGGUGCAAGAGGAAUCCCAGCUGCAUCAGGAAGACCACGGGGAGCACAGGAUGGAGCACCACCCACCCCCCUCACACCCACCUCACACACAGCAAACACAUCCCCACGGCAAGUAUCCGGUAUGGAGCGGGAGCGAAAAGUCAGCAUGAGGCUUCACCGGGGUGCUCCUGUUAACGUAUCAUCCUCAGAUUUGACUGGACGGCAGGAUACCUCCCGCAUGUCCACCUCACAGAAUAGCAUUCCAUACGAGCAUCAUGCCAAGUAGACGCUCGCCACGUCCUUGUGUGACGUCGGCCACACCGGAUGGUGUCUGGCGUGACCCCUGGUGGUCUCCACUCUGUAGCUCCACGAUGAGCCCCACCCUGCACCUGGCAGAUCAAGCCCUGCUCACUCAGCAGCAAUCAGCUCUCUGACGACAAUAAUACUACCACUACUACUGCUACAGCUACCAUUGGACGCCAGCUUUUGACUCUGCACAAAGUCUGUCUAUGACUGGCUUUUGCUCUUCCUCUCAAUAUUGUUGCAUCAGUCUUUUUUUUUUCUCUCUUUAUCUCUUUCAGUGAGUCUCAGUCUCUCUACCCUCCCCAAACAAUGUCAAACAUUUUGAUUAAAAAACAAAAACUAGGACCUUGAGACCCCCCCCCCCCCGUCCACUUUUAUCAGGACACAUUUGCAUUACCAUUCACACUACCCUACCCCAACAUCCAUUUCUAAACUUGAGAAAUUAUGAAUGGACAGUAGUAUGCAAUCAGCAACAAUGGCUACUCAGAGUUCUUCUGUAGGACAGUUUGCGACCAACUACACAACUGUUAUGGCCAUGGCGAUGGCUCCUCCUCCCUCGGUGGAACACACUGUUUAUACUCCCACCAUAUGCUACUACAUAACUUGUUCAGUUUUCUUUUAAAUAAGAUGAAUUAAGCAAAAGCCACAGCUCCUCAUUUUAUAUAUAUAUAUAU